CAAUGGGCGCGGCGCGCGGCGCCGCGUGAUGGCGGCGGAGCCCUGGGGCCGCCGCUCCGCGCUCGGGUGUCCCGGGCCGCGCCCCGCCGCCGCCACCACCACCUCCGCGACCCCCUCGCCCGGCCGUGCCCCGCGGCGGGAGGGGGCGGCUUAACGAGCCGCACUUGUGCCCCGCAUGGCGGCCAGCUGGGCCGGGGGGCUGGGGGCGCCCCGCGGCAGCUGAUCGCGGUUAACCGGGGGCGAGCCAGAAAGGGGCGAGGGUGGCGCUGCCUGUCCCGCCCUCAGCGAGUGCCGCUUCCUCCCCGGUGCCCGGGCCCGGGCGCCGCGUCGAGCCGCCGAUGGAGCUGGAGGCACAGUGGUGGACAGGACAGCUGGCGGCCGAUAUCCACCAAGCGCUUCGAUACAAGGAGCUGAAGCUGCCCUCUUACAAAGGCCAGUCUCCCCAGUUACACUUGAGAAGAUACUUUGCAGACCUGAUUGCCAUUGUGAGCAACAGGUUCAGACUCUGUCCUGCUGCACGACAUCUGGCUGUGUAUCUCUUGGACCUCUUCAUGGACCGCUAUGACAUAUCCACACAGCAACUGCAUGUGGUUGCUCUUUCCUGUUUACUUCUAGCAAGUAAAUUUGAAGAAAAGGAAGACAGUGUUCCCAAACUUGAACAGUUGAACAGCUUGGGUUGUAUGACUAACAUGAAUUUGGUACUAACAAAACAGAAUUUGCUUCAUAUGGAGUUGUUGUUGCUAGAAACAUUUCAGUGGAAUUUGUGCCUCCCAACUGCUGCUCAUUUCAUCGACUAUUAUCUUUCUAUUGCUGUCCAUGAGACUGAUCUUCAUGAUGGCUGGCCAAUGGUUUGCUUAGAGAAGACUAAGUUAUAUAUGGCAAAAUAUGCAGAUUACUUUCUGGAAGUAUCAUUGCAAGAUCAUGAAUUCUUAAAUUAUGCCCCUUCUUUAGUUGCUACUGCAUGUGUAGCUUCUUCAAGGAUUAUCUUGCGUCUCUCACCCACGUGGCCUACACGGUUGCAUCACCUGACUGCCUACUCCUGGGACUUCCUGGUGCCAUGUAUUGAGCGACUCUUAAUUGCGCAUGAUAACGAUGUGAAGGAAGCAAACAAGCAGAAAGGACAACAGACUCAGUCAGCCCAACACGCUGUGUUUCAGCCCCCAGCUCCAAGUGCCCAGCAGGCCAAUGCUCAGCAGCACGUACCACAGUAUCUGCAGGCUCAUCAGUCUUCCUUACAGUACCACCACCCAGCAUCACAGCAGCAAAGCUGCCAGCAGAUCUUAUCAUCCACUCACACAGCCUCUUACCCACUCCAGACUUGCCCUGCUGCCUUACAGACCAGUGCUCAGGCUCGAGGCCACGUCCAGACCGGCGCUGCCAUGUCGCUGGCUGUGCCACUGGAAGUGAAGCCAUGUAUAAGUGUCUCCUACAACCGGACGUAUCAAGUGAAUGGACGAUAUUCCUGUAUUACUCCCUGCUUUGAGAGGUGAUAAGUACAAAAUGGUUUUGUGCUUGUUUGUUUGGGAUAGAGAGUUGUGUGGAACAUUGUUUCAUUUUUUUGUUAAACGUCAAAAAAGUUUGAGGGCAAAAGAUUGAAUAAAAAAAGGUGUCUUCCCAGAAAAAAACCAAACAACUGGAUUGGCAACUGGUACCACAGCUCAAAUAACAGCCUGCAGAAAGUUAGCACACAGACAGACCAUCCUCUGAAAAAGAAUCUGUAUGCUUGGGGAUAAUAUGUUCUUACUCUGACACCCAGAAUAUUCUGCUUCGAAUGUGUGGCUAUGAAAUACUACUCGAAAGAAAAACAGCUGUGGACUAACUACAGACUUACCUUAUAAUGAAGGAGAUAUGCAGUAUUAUUUUGAAGGCAUUUGUGUCGUCCCACCGUACAGUAUUAACACUUCCUUUAUACUUACUGAAACGUAGGAAUCUGUUGAAUGCCAGACUUCUACAGGUACAUGGAGAUCACAGGAAGAAACAAAUCUCAUGUGGCUAACUCCAUAUUCUUGCCCCUUUUUCACCAUUUGUGUUGGUUAUUUGCUUUAGGCUAACGCACAUGAAUUAACUGGUAUUUUGGCUAGUUUUUUAAGUUUUGUACCUUACAGGAUAGACAAUGUAUUUUUGCCUCUUUUAUCCUCCCUAUCUUUUUUGUGUUUAAAGUAACUCUUUCAUACUAACUCAGGGACUUUUCUACUCAAUACUCUGUGCUGCUGGUUUGUACACUAAUUGGGUAUAACUCGGGGAAGGAAGGCAGAGAGGGAAGAGACUAUAGCAAGUGGAGUGGCUUUUCUUCAGGGCAUCUAUGCAGAGUACCAAAGGGAUAUGCUAGUGUUCACAGAAUGUAGAUGUGAACUACUGCCCAGCAGUGUGAUAAUUGAAGGAAAGUUUCAGCUGAACUUAUACUGUACCAGAACUACUGCAGUGGCUUUGAUUCCUCUGUGUACACACACACAAACACAAGAAUAUUAUUAACCAACAGAAAGCAUCCUCCAGUUGUACUGACAGUAUCAUCCUUGCAGAAAAACUACAGUUAAAUGCUGACAGAAAUCCAGUUCUGUCAGGUUUAUAGUGGAGGGAAAUUCUCAGGUAAUAAAGGGGCAACUUUUUCUUCUACUAUUUGGGAGUUCCAGAAGAAGAUAGAGAGAUUUGCUCUUCCAAAUGGGUGGAUCAAAAAUAUUUUACAAAGAACUGCUUCAUCACAAGUAAGGUGCUAAUUAUAUAACUUUAUAGAAUUACACUGUCUCCUGUGGAGUGGGUAGUCUGAGGGUAGAAAGCUUCACUCAUCCACCUCUUGGAUGAAAAUUAUGGUAGAGAUAUUAAUGGAGAUUGCUUUUUGGGGUUCUUCGUGUGUUUG